AUGCAUUCCCUGGACGAGCCGCUUGACCUGAAGCUGAGCAUCACCAAGCUCCGGGCGGCGAAAGAGAAGCGGGAGAGGACACUGGGUGUGGCCCGGCACCGUGCUCUGCACCGGGAGCUCGGUCUGGUGGAUGACAGCCCUACACCUGGCUCCCCGGGCUCCCCACCCUCAGGCUUUCUAUUGAACCCCAAGUUCCCUGACAAGGUGGAGGGGCGCUUUUCUGCGGCCCCUCUGGUGGACCUCAGCCUGUCACCACCAUCUGGGCUGGACUCCCCGACAGGCAGCACCUCGCUGUCCCCCGAGCGGCAGAGCAGUGGAGACCUGUCUGCAGCGCCUGCAGCCCCGGACUUCCAGCGCUGCCUGGAUGGUGUCCCCAGCUCCUUCCACUUCUUCCUGCCCCUGGGCUCUGGGGGUGCCUUGCACCUGCCCGCAUCCUCCUUCCUCACCUCCCCUAAGGACAAGUGCCUCUCACCAGAGCUGCCCCUGCCUAAGCAGCUGGUGUGUCGCUGGGCCAAGUGCAACCAGCUCUUUGAGUUCCUGCAAGACCUGGUGGACCACGUCAACGACCACCAUGUCAAACCUGAGAAGGAUGCUGGGUACUGCUGCCACUGGGAGGGCUGUGCCCGCCAUGGCCGUGGCUUCAACGCCAGGUACAAGAUGCUCAUUCACAUCCGCACACACACCAACGAGAAGCCGCACCGCUGCCCCACCUGCAACAAAAGCUUCUCCCGCCUGGAGAACCUGAAGAUCCAUAACCGGUCCCAUACCGGUGAGAAGCCCUACGUGUGCCCCUACGAGGGCUGCAACAAGCGCUACUCCAACUCCAGCGACCGCUUCAAGCACACACGCACACACUACGUGGACAAGCCCUACUACUGCAAGAUGCCUGGCUGCCACAAGCGCUACACAGACCCCAGCUCACUGCGCAAGCACAUCAAGGCCCAUGGCCACUUUGUGUCGCAUGAGCAGCAAGAGCUCCUACAGCUGCGCCCACCCCCAAAACCGCCGCUGCCUGCCCCUGACGGCGGCCCCUAUGUUAGUGGGGCCCAGAUUAUCAUCCCCAACCCUGCGGCCCUCUUUGGAGGCCCUAGCUUGCCCGGCCUGCCCCUGCCCUUACCCCCUGGCCCCCUUGACCUCAGUGCCCUGGCCUGUGGGAACGGUGGGGGUGGUGGGACUGGGGGGGGCAUGGGCCCUGGGCUGCCGAAUCCUGUCCUGCCCCUCAACCUGGCCAAGAACCCAUUGUUGCCCUCGCCCUUUACAGCUGGUGGACUGGGCCUACCUAUGGUCUCCCUCCUCGCCAGCUCCGCUGGCGGCAAGGCUGAGGGGGAGAGAGGACGUGGGUCAGCGUCCACCCGGGCCCUGGAGGGCCGAAAGACACCCCUUGAAAGGACGGAGAGCAGUCGCUCCCGGCCAGGCCCUGACGGUCUCCCUCUGCUGCCAGGCACCGUGCUGGACCUGUCUACGGGCGUCAACUCGGCAGCCAGCAGCCCGGAGGCGCUAAACCCUGGCUGGGUGGUCAUCCCUCCAGGCUCUGUGCUACUGAAGCCGGCCGUAGUGAACUGA